GUGAGGUUACGUUCAUUCUUACGGUAAGUUUCACGCGAACAAAACAUCAUGCCAACGAAAAAGAAAGUCACCAAGAAGUCAAAGAAAUCUACAAAGGCUCAAGCUCCGGUUGCACCACCAGAUCCGCUCAAACCCGAGUAUAUCCCGCCGCCACCGAAGCCUGGAGAACAGCUCAUCAAAUUACUUACCUCACAGCCUGUAGAUGAGAGAGAAGUGUAUGGAUUAAAGGUUCCAAGUCGUAUUUUAGCUCAACUUACUCCUACUGAGAUUAGAGACCUAAGAUCUGUGUUUGAGUUGUUUGAUUCUGACAGUGAUGGAUUUGUAAACCCUCCAGAACUGAGACGAACAUUACGUGUUUUGGGAUUUAAAAUAUCAAGAGAAGAAGCAAGGAAAACUAUUUCCGUUAGUGCUGUCAAGCAGAGAGGGUGUGUUGAUUUCUUAGAAUUCCUGGACAUCAUACUGGACAAGCAGGGAGACUCCAGAGACACCUAUAAUGAAAUUAAACAGGGUUUCCAACUGUUUGAUUAUGAAAAUAGGGGUAAAAUAUCUGUUGAGAAUUUAAAACAGGCUUGUCAUGAAGCAGGCAUCAAGUUUACAAGUGAUGAGUUGGCAGAGAUGAUAGAAGAGGCAGACCUGAAUGGUGAUGGGGAAAUUGACAGGCAGGAGUUUACCAGGAUUAUGUUACAAACAAAUCUCUUCUGAUUUUUUCAAUUGAUUGAUUUAAUUUUGAAGAUGACAUCUCAUCUUACUUGCAAUCAAAAGUUUUCCUCUACUACUUAACUAGAAAGACUAGAACAUUUUGUCCUUCGUCUUUAUCAUGUAUUUAACCGAACCUUAGCUAUUUAUUUGUGAAGUGCUUAAGUUGAGAGAUGGGUCAGAUAUUCUAAUAAACAGUAAAUGAAUAUAAUACACCAGCAUGAUGAAGACACCUGUCAAACUACCAAAGUUUGUCCAUGCACUAGGACAAAUUCAUUUAUCAUGAUAAGUCAAGGGUCAGUGAGAAACAUUGGCCUUUUAAAACAAGUCAGUUCUCCGUCCUGUAAUAUGUCACUGACCUACAGUGGUGCAGAUUAAACAAUGAGUUGUUCACAAACAGUUCAUAGUAAUAGAAUGAUAACAGGCCAAAAAUUGCUGUGGUCACACCCAAUUUCUGUGGUGGAUUAAUGGGAAAGUUAUACAAAUAUUUAUUAAGCGUUUAGCAACAAAUAUUAUUACUUCUGUGAAGUGUGAAAGACUUAAAGUUUAUUGUAUGGAUAACAGAGAUAUUUACAUUUUUGUUAAUCUGUCAUUUUUGCUAGAUUGAAAUUUGAAUAAGAUCAAAACUAUUAUGGAGAUAUCAGUCAAUAUUUGUUGUAUAUAAAAUAUAUAAAAUGAGAGUUGAUUAUUAUGUAUAUGCCAGUAACCUUGGGAGAGGUCCUGAAUAUAUAUAUAUACAUCUAUGUGAACCUAUUAGUUGAUGAAUAUAUGUUUUAAAUCUGUGAGUUGAUGAAUAGCAUUGUCAACCUGUGACAGUUCAUGAAUACAUGUAUGUUGACCUGUGAGAGUUUAUGAAUACACAUAUAUCAACCUGUUAGUUUCUGAAUGCCAUUAUGUCAACCUGUGAGAAUUCAUGUCAGUCUCUAAGAGUUCAUGAAUACAAUUGUCAGCCGGUGAUGAUUAUAUUAUUGAAGUGGCCAUGUGCAAAUAUUUUUAAUAAAA